AUGAGUCAAGCAGACACCGAGCAUGAACAAACAACAAUACCAUCGCAAGGUGAUUUUUAUCCAGAGGCAGUGGACCACCUACGUGGUCCACUGCCUCUUGCAUCCCCAGCCCCCUCUUCCAUAGGAGAAAGCAAGGCUGAUGACACUAAAUACACAAUAUCAUCGGAUCAAGAAAAGUUUCCACUUUGCAAUGAAUAUAAUUCAUCGAAUGUAGAUGAUAUACACUCUUCAAGCGAUAAUGUGCCCUCUAACGAUAAGUACUCCUCAGACGAUGGUGGUGGAUAUAAUGUUGGUUGCAAUACCGCUUUUAACAAUCACAGUAAUGGAGAUAAUAGAAAGCGAAAGUUAAUUAGUACUUCUAAUGAAGAUGAGCAGGAUAAUUUAAAAUUUACUGAUUCAAAUAGCCCUCAUAGUGCCGCCGACUCUUGCUCAAGUGAUGCCGUUCCCAGCGGUGGUGGUGGAAACGAUAAUGCAGAUAAUGAAUCAAAGGUUAAUUUGCUACCCCUUAGCACAAAUUCCCCCGCUGCUUAUUUUAAUCAAGCUACUCCAUUUGAGGAAUCUUUGGCUGUCUCCGCCGAUACUGCUGUAGAAAUAAUAACGAAAAAUGUGGAGCAACUGGCACCGAAAGUUGAUGCUGCUAGCGCAGAAACUUCCACUGUACCCUCCUCAUAUUAUUUUGUUGAUCGAGCUCCCUCUUCUCAGUCUACUUCCAAUACUUCUCCGCAAUCUUCUGGGGGAUCACAUGCUAGCAGUGGCGGCCAUCACCAUCGCCAUCAGUCCAGCGGUCACGGCCAUUCUGGCUAUCAUCGCUCGUCCCAUGGCGACAGAGGCUCCUCGCACAAUGAAAGAUCAUCGUCCCACGGCAGGGAAAGAUCUUCUCAUGGUGGGGAUAAAUCAUCCAAUGAUGCUGAAAGAUCUUCCAAUUCUGGAGAAAGACACUCCUCCCACGGCGGAGAUAGAUCCUCGCAUCGCCACUCAUCUUCCGGCUUUUCUUCUCAAAGAUCAGCACCUCCGGCAAGGGACCCCGAUGAAGGAAAAAUCUUUGUUGGCGGUCUUAGCUGGGACACUACUGACGAGUCCCUGAAAACAUACUUCUCCAAAUACGGUAAGCUCUCUGAUUCUGUGGUGAUGAAAACACCGGAAGGAAAAACUCGUGGUUUUGCUUUUGUUACAUUUGAGGAUCCGGCCGUUGUCGAUGUGAUCAUAAGCCAGACCCAUUACGUCGAUGGAAAGCGUGUAGAUCCAAAACCUGCUAUUCCGCGAGACGCGCAACACAAAUCUGAAAAGAUGUUCAUCGGUGGCCUGCCUUGGGGUACUACUGAAGACGAGCUAAAAAGAUACUUUUCUUCUUAUGGAACUGUUCUUUCGGCCACUCUGAUGGUCGACCAGGAGUCAAACCAAUCGCGUGGCUUUGGAUUUGUUACCUUUCAAUCGUCCAAUGACUUGCAAAAUGCCCUGUCAUGCCAACCCCACACAAUCAAGGGGCAGACGGUAGAAACAACUCGGGCUCUGCCAAAGACCAAAUAUGCAGAGGGAAUUUCCACCACUUCGCCUAGUGAGGGCUUACCACCUCCCUCAAAAAGAUCUCACUCCCGGAGUGAAAGCGAUGCUCCUGCUUCAAGGUAUAGCAAUCUUCAUGUUCAGCAGUCAAUGCAGCCACAAAGUCAGUCUUCAAAUCAAUAUCAGCAACCAGGACAAUAUCAGAAUCCAGGUCAGCCACAGCAUCUCGUGCCGCAGUCAAUGCCAUCAACUGCCUAUUCUGGCGGGCCUGUGGCAUCAAUGCACCCAUAUGGUGGCGUGAUUCCCUCUUCACAGCAGGCUUCGGGAUAUGGUGGUCAUAUGCAGCUACAAUCUUCGGCAUCUGUGCCGAGUGGCUCUGGGACAUUGCCUAUUUCUCAGCCUCAAAUGGGAUAUGCCGCUCCUCAAUACAAUGCUGGAAACAGGCCUGGUGGCCCAGUGCCCCAACAAACCCCAACAUAUAUGGGCUAUGGCCAGACUCCCUCACAAUACCCACACCCACAAUAUGCGCCAACGCCAUCGGCUUCAUCUCAACCCUCGCAACUCGGCUAUCAGGGAGCUCCUCAUCUUUCACAGCAAGGAUUUCAUUCUUUUGCACCGCCUAUUUUGCAAUCUCAAGGAUCGCAAGCCGGAAUGCAAGCACCGGGAAGCUAUUACCAGCACCAGCACCAACAUCAGCAUCAACACCCAUCACCGCAGGCACAACAACAGCAACGAGGUAGCUUUUAUGGGGUUGUCUCAAGCAGUGCUGGUGGUGGCGGUCCAGCUGGUGCAGGCGCAUCACAACAACAGCCUCCUGCAUAUUAUGGUGGUGCCGCUAGUAGCGGGGUAGGCCUUUCGUCUUACUAUUCAGCUAUGCCCUCUACUUAUCUUAAGCAGACUGGACCCCCAAGUCUUAACAAUGGGCCCAUGCAGCAACCAUAUUCAAGCGGAGCUCCGGUGCCUUCUGCAUAUCAACGAGGCGGUCCUGCAGCCGGCGGUAAUAUCAACUUGGGAUCCUCACAAGCGCCUCCCCAAAAGCCUAGUCAGUCAUCCUACUAUGCAAAAUAA